AUUUUCUUAUGCAAGGGCAGGGGAUAGAGUCACUGCAGCACCUGAAGGAUCAUGGACCCUUCGCCAGCAUAGACUACGAAUUUGCGUUACACCAGAUUUAAGGCUUGUUCCACGAAUUCAUCUUCAGAAGCAUCUUUCUUUGACGCAGUUUCAAGGGGAAAAACGGUCAAAGGUGGGUGCACUUUAAAAUGAGAACAAUAAAGGGAAGGUCUAACAGAUGGCUUCCGAGCUUGCAGGUCCUCAAUCUUUUAAAGACGAGCAACGAGAUCAUUAAGGCUCAACGCAAUAUUUCUACAGGACCUUCACUUCUCACUUGUAGUUCCUUCUUAGGCUUGUCUGACUGUCAUUUCUCAUUCUCACUUGUUCCUUCUGCUUCGUUCUUGUGGAUGAUAGGCUUGGGAGAUGAAUAAAUGAACACGUAGCUGGCAAGAAAGGAAAUGACAGAAAGAUCGUGGAAGGAAUUUCAGAAACAAGUGUUUUCUCGAGCUCUACUAAGGACAAGAACACCCUGUGGCAUCCGAUGCUCUGCGUGGAAGUGUCGCGUUUAUCUUUCUCUCGACCCCAGUGAACGUGGGAUAUCCAGAUGAAGAGGAUGAAAAUACACCGCCGAAAGGUACUCAAGAAUCAGUAAACGAUCUUUCGUCUUUAGGCAAAACUGCUAGAACUCCUGCAACAAGUGCCACGAGUGAUAAUCAAAUUGGUGCGUCAAAUGGUGGUGCCCGUGCCACAGCCGGCACUUCUACCUCGUCACUUGUAAGUACAAAGGCAGAUGAACAAGGAGAGAACGGACGUGCAGCAACUAUAGAAAUUAAGGCGAGAAGACGAGGAUGAUGAAGAAGUUCACAAAAGUUUGGGUCCUCAGCGAUGGGCUCACUGAUGCGACGCGGUACAGCAGGUUCUUCUAGAACGCCCUCAAUGCGACUAGUCGGCUUUUGUUGUCCUUGUUGAAGCUGUACUUCUACAACUAAGUAGAUGGGGUCACUCUCACUCAGGGAUACGGAUAAUUUCUAGCAGACCUGCUUGGGUCCUUGGGUUCUAGAAGAACUUCCUUGAUGGUAGCUCUUCUAAUCCCAAACAGCGGCCGCCUCCGUUGCUG